AUGAUAGCGCUUUCCAACUCGUUCUCGCUCAUCUUUCCCGGGAUGAUAACACUUUCCAACUUGUUCUCUAAUUCAUCAUUCAUCAUCCUUCUAUUUCACCCUCUAUGGAAAAUCCAUCCCGGUGAUUCAACUUUCUCCAAAAUGUACGCUGAGAAGAAGCCGGAUAAAGUGGAUCCAAAUGAGCUGAGGCUAUCGAAAUGGCCAAAUUGUAUGUUGUCGAAUGAACCGUUGAGGGAGCCCUUUGUGAUUGAUAAGCUUGGGAAUAUCUUAAACAAGGAAGCGUUCGUGGAGGUUUUGUUAGGUAAGAAGCUUCCUAAGGAAUUUGGGUAUAUUAAGGGUUUGAAGGAAUUUUGGUAUAUUAAGAAAUUUGGGUAUAUUAGAGCAUCUUCAAUGGGAUAA